CUACAAAUGUCAAAAGUGGAAAAGAAAGAGAAGGAUAAAGGCUCAUCAUUGUCAUACAUGUUCCGCCUGCCUUUUGCUGCCGGAAAUGUGUUCAGCGCCAGUAUGCUAGAUACUCUCCUUUAUCAAGCAUUUAUUAAGGACUACAUCAUCACAUUUGUGCGCCUGCUUCUUGGCAUAGAUCAGGCACUUGGCUCAGGGCAUUUAUCUUCGAUGAAGAUUACAAAAGAUGAUCUUUGGAUUCGAACUUAUGGUCGCUUGUACCAGAAACUUUGCUCAACUACCUGUGAGGUCCCCAUUGGUAUAUAUCGCACACAGCCUGUCGUCUGUAAAGACUCUUCUAAUGCUUCACUUAACUGUAUGGACGAUGACUCUGAUCACGGGAGCGGGAGUUCAAAUCCUGAGAGGGCGGAGAUAUCUGCCAUGGUAACCAGCCGAAUGGACAGCAUGGAAAUGCCUGUUCAUGACUAUGAUGAUGUAAGUGACAGAAGAAACAGUUUUUCGUAUUGCAUUAUCAACCCUAGCUAUGAUCUCAAACUGGAAAAAGAUGAUAUCAUUUACUUGAUCCGUCCAAGCUCUUUGUCACCCACAGCAUCCCCCCUUAUAGAUGAACGCAAGAUGAGAUUCAAAUACAAGAGAGAAGAACCCACUGGCGCAGAUAAAGAAACGUCAGAAAGGUUAAAAGACAGCUUCAAGGUUGAGAUGCAUGAUCCUAGGCCAACAUGUUCUAAUGAUUCAGAGGAAGGACUUUGUGGUACAGUAGUCUGAAGGAAAUAUUGUCCUCAGGGAUGAUUGUCCCCCUUGAAAUUGGUCCUUAUUGACCUAAUUGAGUAUCUUAAGACUACAUGCUCUAAUGAUUCUGGGAAAGGACUGAGUGGAACGACUAAGAGAGAAUUGUCCCCAGGGACAAUAAGGACAAUAUUUCCUCUAAGUUUCUAGCCUUUUAUGGCCAUGAUGGUACCUUUAGGCAAUAUGCUCUUACGCUUAUAAGAAAGUGCUAUGUGGUACUAUAGGCUGAGGAAAUAAUGCUACCAAAGGGAUAAUUGUCCCAUUUUUGGGACACCCUGGGCCUGUUUGAGUAUCUCUAU